ACGAUAAAUCCUGAUCCUGGAGAUGAGCACACAGAGUUGUUAUUGCUAUAUAAAUCAGACAAACCUUUGCUUGAAGAAACAGAACACAUAACCUGUCUUUAAAAGAAAUUAGAUGGCGAGAAGACAACCCUUUCAACAUCAAAUAUUCUUGGUUUUAGCUGUGCUGUCUCUUGUGAUUGCAUUGAAGCCUGUCCAAGUCAUUGCAAGAACUGAUAAACCGAUAGACUGUGACACCAAGGGACAACAACUGAAUAAGAUUAGUUACCUGAGACGAAAUGAAAUCGAUCCUAGGAUAAGAACACGGACACGGAGGUUGAUGAAUGUUGUAGAGAUCAACGAUUAUCCAGGAUCAGGUGCUAACAGCCGCCACACUCGACCAUACUGUCCUGAUUGCUAAUUCCAAAUCCAAUUUCUUGUAACUUAGAGCACCUUUGAAACUGUAAUAAUUACACUCUAUAUAUGAUAUCCAUCAAGAUUUAACA